AUUAGGGUGCUCAUUUCAGAAGGUUCCAAUGGAAGGAAGCAGACAGAAACAGGGACUGGCAUGGCAGCAUUGACCAAGAACAAGCUUGGCACAUGUUCCCCAGUGGCCCACUCCCCAUUCUCUGGCACAUCUGGGCAGGACACAGAGGCCACCACUGAAUAAUAAUGCCACCCGCCCUUGGGUAAUCCCACUUUGCAAGAAGAGAGGCCAGAAUGCUGUCCUGGUGGUUAGUGGCCGCCCACAGUGACCCAUUCAAAGAUGUAUAAAUAAGUUUUCAGGGGCUGGAGGGAAUGCAUACCCCUGGCCCUGAGGCAUGUGUGCUGGUAUGAACAUCUCUGGGAGGAUGAGGGGUGUCCUGCUGACUGCUUUUGUGGCUUUGGUCUCAUUGCCUAGGACCCGGGCAGUGUGGUUGGGAAGGCUGGACCCUAAGCAGCUUCUGGGGUCCUGGUAUAUUCUGGCCGUGGCCUCAGGUGAAAAGGGCUUUGCAUUGGAGAAGGCCACGAAGAACAUUGAGGGCGUCGUGGUGUCCCUUACUCCAGAAAACAACCUGAAAUUGCUGUCCGCCCCAGCCCUCUCCUCCCUGCAUCUGUGGGUCCGACUCCUCGGGGGCCUCCUGAGAGGGCAGAGGGAGAGUCUCCAGCUGACUGCGCUAAGCAGGGAGCCUGACGCCCCAUCUCACAACCACAGAUCCUCUCCUGAGCCCAAACUACAAGUCGGACACUUAGCAGCCUGCGCCAUCCAGAGGUCUCUAUUUUUGGACUUUGUAUUCGUUCCUGUGAUCAGUCUAUUUAUUUGCCAAAACCUUGUUUCACCUGCCACAACUUUAUGUGGCUCCGUGUCAGUUGAUUGGCAGGCUCUCGCCCCUUCUCCUCCUUGUAGAAUUCCCAGCUACCCUCACCGUGUUUGCUGCAGGAACUUUGGCGUCUGCUCAUCUUGGCUGGAGAGGUGUGACGUGAACGUGGUGGAGCUGCUCAGACAGAACUCGGGAUGGGUGUUUGAGAACCCCGCCCUAGGCAUUCUGGACUACCGUGUGCUGGGCACCAACUUCAGGGAUUAUGCCAUCGUGUUCACCCAGCUGGAGUUCAAAGACGAGGCCUUCAGCACCGUGGAGCUGUACAGCCGGACAGAACUGGCCAGCCAGGAGGCCAUGGGCCUCUUCACCAGGUGGAGCUGGGGCCUGGGCUUCCUGUCCCAGCAGCAGGCGUCUCUGCAGCGGGACCGUGAGUGUCGCCCAAUGCUUAGGGGCCAGCAUCCUAUCAGGGGAGGCUGUGGACAGACCCCGUCCCAGGUGCUGGGGGUGCCAGGCGAGGCCCAAACAUCCUCACGGCUUCUCUUGCCCCCUAGUCACCUGUGUGCACAAGGUCUUCCAGUGAGUGCUUCGAAGUCCUGGGAGGCCCGUGCCUGACGCGUUCUGGUGAGGCUGGCUGGGCGCUGGCCUCCUUGCUCGGCCGCCUGGGUGUUGGGUGUGGGGCAGACUGCUGCCAGGGACUCUCACUGCAUUUCCCAAUAAAGUGACUCCACAAACCCCUGCA